UGUCAACACAUGUGCGUCCGCGUCAGCCAUGCGUUUUUAAGAAAGAACGUUUAUUUGUUGUAGUUUGCGUUUGUUUUAAAGCAUAAAAAUGCCAAAAGACAUUUCGUCUUCAUCGAGCGAAGAUGAGGGAGACAGUCCUGCACCGGAAACACCGGCAAAGCAGAAACAAACCGUGAAGAAGAGCACCAAGUACCAGUGUCCUGCUGACUUUGUGUCGUUCUGCCAUGAGCCCUGCAGCAGCACUCUGACUGACAGUCUGAAGAGCAGCAAGAAUGAGCUGUGGCUCAUUAAAGCUCCUGCCUCCUUCAGCCCAGAGUGUUUCAGUGGCAUCAAGGUGCCUCUCUCCGGCCUCCAGACCCUGAAGGUUCCUGCUGCAGACGGAGCGAAGACAGCGAGCGGGCAGCAGAUCUACAGCGUCCUGGCCUCCACCCACGGCACCUCGGAGCUCCACCUGCUCACCAGCGAUAAGCGGUCGUCAGACAGCAUGAGGUUGGCUCCGGCUUUCUCCGGCCUGCUGAACGUGUGUGAGAGUUACGGGGACAGCAGCACCAACCAGAGCCCUCAGGUGAUCCCCGCCGCCCCAGCUCCCUCCAUCCCACCAGGGCUCAAACAGAGAUUCCACCCGUUUGGCAGUAAAACCCCGACGCUGACCGUAGAGGACGAGGCGGACGGAGCCGCCUUCAGGCCUUCAACUCUGAAAAGACCCGUCGAUGAGAAAGAAGAAGAGGAGGACGAAGAGGAAGGGAGGAAAAAGAAGAAGAAGAAAAAGAAAGAAAAGCGGAUAAAGAUGGAGCUGGAGGAGGAAGCGGUGAAAGUGAAAGAGGAACCUGCAGCGGAAGCUGAGGAAGAAGCGCCACCCGUGCAGGAGGGCGAAUAUUCAGAGGAGAAGAGGAAGAAGAAGAAGAAAAAGAAGGACAAGGAGCGAGAGAAGGUGGAGGAGGCAGAGGUGACAGUGAAAUGUGAACCAGUGGACACUUCAUAUGAUGACGCAGCGGCGGAAGGUUCAGGAAAGAAGAAAAAGAAGGACAAGCAGCGAGAGGAGGUGGAGGUGAAACAUGAACCAGCGGACAGUUCGUACGAUGAUGCAGCAGCAGAAGGUUCAGGGAAGAAGAAGAAAAAGAAGAAGAAAAGCAAAUCUGGCGACGACUAGUGUGAUGUCACUUUGCCUGUUUGAUGUUUGCUUCUAUUUUCUGUUUAUUCCUGACCUCAUGAGUCUGUGUGGGAGACGCUUUACAACUAAUUUACUCCAAGUCGUUGAUGGAUUGCAUAAUGCAAGACUUUGGCAGGACGUGGUGUUCAGAAAGAAAAACAAAACACAUCAUGAAUCAAUUGAACGGUGAGAUGAAUUAUAAAGUGGAUUCAUUCCAGCAUCCUUUAGGCCAAUGUUCCUUUAAUUCUCAGCUCAGAAAGUGAUAAUUUUCCACAUGAAGGUUUCAGCCGCAGGCAUCAGCGACUACAUGAGUAAUAAGAGCAUCCUGAGUUUCUGCGUGUUUCUGCCAGUGUCUGUCAAGUUUUUAUCGGCUUGUACUCGACACCAUGUUUGUGUUUAUUUACACGACCAACGUCGAUGGCUUGGCAGCAGGUUCAGAAAACCAGAGUCGAUAUAAAAGAUGGAAUAAUGAGCCGGUGUCACAAGAGAUUUGUCAUCACUUGUUUUCUAAAUGGUCUGUAGUGGAGAUGGUAUUUGUGUGCAUAUAAAACACAUGUUGCAGAAUAAACUCUGAAAGUGAUUAAAGGACGUGAAAUGAAAAAAACGUGGUGUGUUUGUCCUGCAGUUGGGCCUUUUUGCAAAAGUCUACAGCAACAUUUUCCUCUCAUGUCUCAUCACAAGCUGUGAUUUCAUCCAGAAGGAAUGAAACUUGAUUUUGUGUCGUUACUCCGACUGCGGCUUGUAUAUUGUGGAACAACGAGAAAGUGUGUUGGUUUCUAAGGACUCCGUGAUGUCAGGCACAAGUGUGUAUCAGAUAAACUGACUUUUUCUGUGCACAAUAAUUUUCUGAAUGAACCGUGAAGUAGCAUAGUCUACAAUACAGUGUGUGUGUUUUUUUUUUCUGCUGCUGGCCUCAGUAAUGUAAAAUAAAAUUGUUCAGAUUUAUUUAUUGGCACAAACCUUUUAUUUUCCUCUGAUGCAGUAAAGUUUCCUUUCCAAACUCAGCUGUAGGGAAUUAUCUUUGGUGCGUAUGAACUAAAACUAAGCAGGAAACUCUUUUUAGCCUUCAUUUCUUGCUGUGUUGUAACUGAUUCUUUUCUUUUGUCCUCUAGUCCUUAUGUUUUAUUGCAUUUUAUUGCAUUUCAUUUUAGUUGUGCAGCCAUUAGGAUCAACUCUUGUUUAGACUUUAACACCACGGCAAACUCUUAAUCAAUGUAGAAAACUUACUAUGAAGCCAACACUCAUUCACAUUAUUUUUACCCUUUAUGCAUUUUUUUUUAGCAGAUGGAGAGCUCAGAUUUGGAGCUUUGAGUGACUGUUGGAUGCUUUACAAUGUGUUCAGACUGAGUUAUUUUUGCAUUAGCUAGCAUGAAAAGUACAUAGUUGUGAUCAGAUGUGUUCAGUACAUCCGUUUUGUGUUGCCUCUGAUCUAAACAUUAAAUCGUGUGGAUGUUAACUACA